ACUGACUCUGGCACUUGGCGUUUUAUUGGCUAAUUGAACUAGGCUGGUUUUUGCAGGCCACAUUUUAAAUCUUAACCUUAGGUGCACGCUUCCAAGCGCCUGAUUGGAUCAAAGCCGAUGGCGUCUACACUUUUACUACAGGAGUUGGUGCAGAAUCAGUAAAUCCCAGCUAGAGAUGGCGACCACCAUCAGAUUUGAAACCACCAGCGCUCCAUGCAACACUGCAGCUGCUGAGAGAGCACAGUUGGAAGAGGAAACUGAUGACAGGGGAAACUGUGACCCGGAAAAACUUCUGCAGUGCCCUUUUGACAAGAACCACCUCAUCAGGGCUUGCCGCUUCCCUUACCAUCUUAUAAAGUGCAGAAAGAAUCAUCCGAAAUUGGCCAGUGAGCUAAAAACCUGCCCUUUUAAUGCACGCCACCUGGUCCCCAAGCAUGAGCUGACAUACCACACGGAAACCUGUGAGGACAGGAUAUCUGUGGAUACUGAAGAUGGGGGAAGCACAAAUGGGCAUUGUAAAUGGCAGGUCCCAGUCAGUACUUGGGUAAACCCGGACAUGACUGAGGAUUGGGACCAAGAGGCUGAUGAUGCUGCUACUCCAUUUGUGUGGGGUGUAAACACAGUCCUAAAUCAGAAACCGGAGGCAAGGCCCACCAACAACCUUGGUCCAAGUUUUAGAACUCCUAAUACCCUCCCAUGGUCUGGGAUGUAAGCCAUCAUGUACUAAUUAUCCAACGCUUAAUUAACGCUUAAUCUUAGGCAUAUUGUAUGUAAGAGUGCAUGGAUAUUUCUUUUAAAGUUUGUUCUUAGCAAGUUAUUUGCCCUCAAGUUUUUAAAGGUGUGUAGGACUAGGUGGCAUCUAGUGGUGAGGUUACAGAUUGCAACCAACUGAAACUUUCAGCCAAUGGAUCUCCCCAAAUACUACAUGCUGUUCCUUUUUUAAUGUGCACAACUGUAUCUAAAUUUUAUUUAUAUAUUGGAUCUAGUUGUGGCAAUCUUUCAUAUAGUGCCCUGAUGUGGCAAGCAUCCUAAAUGCAGAGUAUAGUGACAGUGUGUUUGUACAUGCUUCAAAACUAACGCCUCCUUUUUUCUGUAUUGCUGUUACAGCAACGAAUAUCACUAAAUAUUGUGUGCUUGUUAUAUUCAAGGUGCUUGUUUCUAAUCAUUUUGUGUGGUGAAUAAUGAAAAUGUUAGAUAAAAUCAAUCAAAUGUGCACAGUUUGAAAAAAAAAAUCAGUUUGUAAAUUAUUUGGGAAGAAAAAGGAUUUUGAGCCUCAGUGACAACAAUAAAGCAAAAAAAAGGAAAUCUAAAUUAGGUACAGAUGGCUAUUGCACAAAGGCACAACGGAAAAAAAUGUAGACAGGCUUGUUUCACAAUAUCUAAUUUAUUUGGUGUUCAACUGAAUGAAUUAAAAGCAGUCUUUCGGAGGAUGGAAGCAGCCGUGUAAACAGUAACACUGGCAUUGCAUGACCACUGGAUGGCAAUAGCCGUCAACCCAAGCACUGACAUCACUAUCUCACUAUUUCUCCUUUAAAAGUCAUUCCUUUUGAUUUGUUUAUCUCCUUGAUUCAAGUAGCUCCUCUGGUUAUCAAACUAUUUUAAUAAAGACACAUUUCAUGCAUGAAGAACAACAUUUGGCAGGUGCAGCACUGGAGUAUUCAGAUCCUUUACUUAAGUAAAAGUGCAAAUACCACACUGUAAAAAUAUUCUGCAGUCCUGCAAGUAUCAGGAAAAUGUACUUAAAUUAUUAAAAGUAUAAUUACUCAAUGCAGAGAAAUGUCCC